CGGGGAAAUGGAAAUGGAAUGGGAAAGCAAAGAACAAAUGGAAACAUUUGCGCAAACAUAGGCCGGGCGGGCCGUUGCAGGCGGCCCAGGGGCCGGGAAUUGGUUGGUGGGAUUAUGUAUAAAAAGUGUGCCCUGGCCCACAGAUAGACACACUUCGAGUUGAGCAGCCCUUCCAGCAGCACUCCAGCAGCAACAAAGCCAAGCCCAAGCCCAAGCCAAAGCCAAAGCAAAUACCACAAUAUGAAGUUCUUCGCAUUCCUCGCUGUCUUCGCUGCUGUCCUGUCGCUGGCCUGUGGCCAAACUACGACUACGACAGGGACACCGACAUCACCGACGACACCGACAACGCCCACAACCACCACCACCUACACCUACACGACGUCGCCCACAUAUACAACACCCACCACCGUCCUCACAACAACAACCGCCAAGCCCUUCAAGCAGCAGCUCUUGUCGCUGCUGUUCAACAAGAAGACCGGAUAGGAACCUGCCAUGCCGACCAACGAUCCCAGCCCGCCGAUUAGUCCGAUGCAAAUGAUUUGAAUAGCCAACACAAUAAAAACAAAUAAUAUAAACAAAACAAACA